AUGGAGCAAGGUAAUGAAGAACAUGCAAGUAGUGUUGAAGAACAUCAGAUUGAUAUUCACGUUGAAACUGUUACGAUGAAGCCUGUGCAACGGAGCAUAAGUUGUCAAACAGAAAUAAAAAAUGUGCAAGAUUCGAGUUGUGAUCCAAUAAAUAUAGACCUUAGUAAAUCUUGUCAAGGUUUUCAUGGAAUCUCUUCAAUUACUACCGACGAAGCAAUGAGCAGUUUAACAGACUGUAAAGCCUCUAAAGUAGACAAAAAAACAAGUUUCCUGAUAACAUUAGUCAAAUUGAAGACGGGUUUAUCAUUCACUGCAUUGGCGCAGUUAAAUAUUUUGCUACAAAGUUUUAUCGUUUGGCCAUCAAAAUCAACAAUACGUGCAUCUCUACCGAAAUCGUUUGAGCGGCAUUACCCAGACACGCGUGUGAUAAUUGAUUGUACUGAAGUUUAUACAGAAGUACCACCAGAAGUUAAUCAAAAAGUAUUGCUGUAUUCUGAAUAUACACAUCAUCAUACUGUCAAGUUUUUGGUGGGUUGUGCACCAGAUGGAUUUAUAACUUACGUCUCCAAAUGUUAUGGUGGCCGUGCUGGUGAUUGCUUCAUUACAAACGAUUGUGGUUUGAUUGAUUUAAUUGAGCUCGGUGACGUUGUUCUUGCUGACAAAGGAUUUCCCCAGAUAAAAACUCAAGUCGAAAAUAAAAAUGAUAUUUUUAUCAUGCCUCCUUUUGGCCACAAAGAUCAAUUCUCCCCUGAAGAAGUUGACGAAACAUACAACAUUGCUUCUGUGAGGAUACAUAUAGAACGAGUCAAUCAACGAAUUAAGGACUUUAGAAUUCUAUCAAAAGUAUCUCAUUCAUUAUUUCCUCAUAUUGAUGAAAUUGUUUUUAUUAUUUGUGCUUUGGUAAAUGUACAGAAGCCACUGUUAAAAGAAAAAGAAGUUGACUAA